GCAGACGGCACGCCGUAGCAAUUCAAGAAAAAUUUCUAAUUAAACGUACGUGGUCUCAAGUAAAUAACAAUAAUGGCUGAAAAUUUAGAGCCAUUGGCGCCGAAUCUGCAAAACUUGGUGGAGCAGGAAUCGCUGAAAUGGAUCUUUGUCGGUGGCAAAGGCGGUGUGGGAAAGACAACCUGCAGCUCCAGCCUGGCCGUGCAAUUAGCAAAAGUACGCGAAUCGGUACUUAUUAUCUCCACAGAUCCUGCACAUAAUAUAUCAGAUGCUUUCGAUCAGAAGUUCACGAAAGUGCCGACCAAGAUUAAUGGUUUUGACAACUUAUACGCGAUGGAGAUUGAUCCUAAUGCCGGACUCAAUGAACUGCCCGAGGAGUACUUUGAUGGAGACAACGAAGCUUUGCGCGUUAGCAAGGGCGUUAUGCAGGAGAUGAUAAAUGCGCUGCCUGGUAUUGAUGAGGCCAUGAGCUAUGCGGAGGUUAUGAAAUUGGUCAAGGGCAUGAACUUCUCAGUGGUCGUUUUCGAUACGGCCCCCACAGGACACACGUUGCGCCUGAUAGCCUUCCCGCAGGUUGUGGAGAAAGGUCUGGGAAAGUUGUUACGUCUGAAGAUGAAGGUGGCGCCGCUUCUCACACAGUUUGUGUCGAUGCUAGGCAUGGCCGAUGUGAAUGCGGACACUCUAUCGCAAAAGCUGGACGAUAUGCUUCGCGUUAUAACACAAGUCAACGAACAGUUUAAAAAUCCAGAUCAAACAACAUUCGUUUGCGUGUGCAUUGCGGAAUUCUUUUCCCUGUAUGAAACAGAGCGUCUUGUCCAGGAGCUGACCAAAUGCGGCAUCGAUGUACACAAUAUAAUUGUGAAUCAGUUACUCUUUAUGAAGAAGGCCCAAAACUCUUGCAGCAUGUGCGCUUCCCGCUAUAAGAUUCAAGAGAAGUACUUGGAUCAAAUUGCCGAUUUAUAUGAAGAUUUUCAUGUUACAAAACUACCAUUGCUUGAGAAGGAAGUGCGUGGUCCAGACAGCAUUAAAGCAUUUUCAGAAAACCUAAUGACACCAUAUAGUCCAGAAGAGACCAAAAGGUCGAAUGAGUAAAAACUGCGGCACAGUAAUUUAAGAUAUUGAAGAACUCUAUGUGUAUAUGUAUGGGAGAAAAUAAAUCCACUUGUGGUUUUAGGACCGUUAUACAAA